AGGAUUCUUGCUGCUGAGGCUCUUUUUUGUGUCAAUUUGACCUGUUCUUGAGCGAGAUGGCUGCGUUUGUGCAAGCUCAGGCGGAAAGUGCGGUCGCACAGGCCAAUAGCUGGCUCGCCGCCGCUGGGGUGGAUGCCAGUAUCCCAGCGCCACCCGAGCAAUUUGGCCUCUACGCCGGGGCUGUUGUGGCCGGCUACGGCCUAUACCGCGCUGGAAAUGCCCUCUUUUCAGGCCGUGACGAGCUGCUGAUCCCGCUGCCCGUGGAGGCCAGCGAGGACUGGAAACCCACUCAGUUCCUCAAGGAUGCGGCUCCUCAGGAUCCCCUCAACGCCAAUGUCAUUCGUACUUACGACAAGUUCACUCACGCCGUCCUCGGUUCUGGUGCCGUCCCUGUAUGCAGCCCCGCUGAUGUUCGCGAGGCCGUUGCCAAGGCGCGUGUUGCUCAGCGCCAAUGGGCCCAGACAAACUUCGAGGAGCGCCGCGAGGUGCUGCGCUACAUGCAAGAUUACAUCACUGCCCACCAGCGCGAGAUUUGCGUCAUUGCCUCCCGUGACACAGGCAAAACUCUCGUCGAUGGCGCCUUUGGUGAGGUCUUGGUGACUUGCGAGAAGAUCAGCUGGACACUUCAGCACGGCGAGCAGGCUCUGCGUACCGAGUAUCGUAAAACCGGCAUGAUCAUGUCACACAAGACGGCUCGCGUCGAGUACAUCCCCCUGGGUGUGAUGGGUGCCAUCAUCCCCUGGAACUACCCCUUUCACAAUCUGUUUGGCCAGAUCAUCUCCGCCAUCUUUGCGGGCAAUGCCAUCGUGGUCAAGGCGUCCGAGUAUGCCACCUGGUCUUCGCUGGCCUACCUUCGCAUCGUUCACACCAUCCUGGACCACUUUGGCAUCGAUCGCAACCUGGUCCAAAUCGUCACUGGUUUUGGGCCCACGGGUGCCGCCCUGGUGGAAUCGGGCGUGGACAAGCUUGUUUUCAUUGGAUCGCCCGGCGUGGGCAAGCUGGUCAUGAAGGCCGCUUCCAACAACUUGACACCCGUGGUGCUGGAGCUCGGUGGCAAAGAUGCCGCCAUCAUCUGCGAGGACUGCGACUUUGAUCAAGCCGUCAACUUGGCUCUGCGUGGUACCUUUCAAAACUGUGGCCAGAACUGCAUUGGUCUGGAGCGACUCAUCGUCCACGAGGGCGUGUAUGACAAGAUGGUGGCGACAUUGGCACCCAAGGUUCAAGCGUUGGUGCAGGGCUGCCCAGCCGACGGCGACGUUGAUUGCGGUGCCAUGACCAUGGGUGUCGCCUCGGCCCAGAAGAUUGAGGAGCUGGUGCAGCGUGCUGUUGCUCAGGGUGCUCGCUGUUUGGCGGGAGGUAUGAUGCACCAAGGACAACAAGGUGUGGCGGGUUACAUGACCCCAACCCUCUUGGUGGACGUGACCCCGGACAUGGACAUCGCUCAGCACGAGGUCUUCGGCCCCGUCAUGACCGUCAUGAAGGCGCGCGACGAUGCCGAUGCUGUUCGCAUUGCCAACUCGGUCGAGUAUGGUCUUGGCUCGUCUGUUUUCUCCCGCAACUAUGCACGUGCAGAGCGCAUUGCUAAUCAGCUGACGACUGGCAUGUGCAACAUCAAUGACUUUGGCGUCAACUACCUGUGCCAAGCACUGCCCUUUGGCGGCGUCAACAUCUCCGGCUUUGACCGCUUUGCGGGCGUGGAGGGUCUGCGCGGUUGCUGCCUGAUGCGCUCCAUCACCUCGGACCGCUUCCCCGGCGUUCGCACCAACAUCCCGCCGCCGCUGCAGUAUCCGGUCAAGGCAGCUGGGUUUGCCUUUUGCGAGUCUCUGGUCAACCUCUUUUAUGCCGACUCGCUCUGGACCAAGGUCAAGGCGGCCUUCAACCUUGCCACCCUCUAGUUUGCCUGCGCACUGGAAGUGGUCUCUCCCGCAUGGUGUACAUGCGUUUAGAGCGCGUGUGCGUUCGCUGUCAUGAUUUCCUUGAACGAUCCCAGCACCUACUGAUCCCCAAACUCGCUCGACUGCGAGCUCUCGACAUUUUGCCCUUGUGGCACGGCGUUUCUUCUCCGCCAUUCCGAAUUGAUUUCCGAGCCUC